GGACGCGGUGACGCAUGCGGAAACAGCAGCUGCGUGCGUUGUUAAGAUCACUUGUUUAUCUCUUAUUUUAAAUUGAUCUUAUUUUAAAUGAUGGUGUUUGCGAUGUGAAAACGAAGCUCCAACUCGGAAUACUCUGGACUCCUAAAACUCUCCAGUCUGUAAUCGAAAGCUGACUCCAGGAUUGUUUUUUUCCGGAGUCAGAUCAGUCUGAUCAGUAAGUUAAGCUCAGUCUGAUCAGUAAGUUAAGAUCAGUCUGAUCAGUAAGUUAAGCUCAGUCUGGUCAGUAAAUUAAGCUCAGUCAGCUCACUCUGGUCAGUAAGCUCAGUCUGGUCAGUAAGCUAAGCUCAGUAAGCUCACUCUGGUCAGUAAGCUCAGUCUGGUCAGUAAGUUAAGCUCAGUAAGCUCAGUCUGGUCAGUAAGCUCAGUCUGAUCAGUAAGUUAAGCUCAGUCUGAUCAGUAAGUUAAGCUCAGUCUGAUCAGUAAGUUUAGCUUAGUCUGGUCAGUAAGCUCAGUCUGAUCAGUAAGUUAAGCUCAGUCUGAUCAGUAAGUUUAGCUCAGUCUGGUCAGUAAGCUCAGUCUGAUCAGUAAGUUAAGCUCAGUAAGCUCAGUCUGGUCAGUAAGUUAAGCUCAGUAAGGUCAGUCUGGUCAGUAAGCUCAGUCUGAUCAGUAAGCUCAGUCUGAUCAGUAAGUUUAGCUCAGUCAGCUCAGUCUGGUCAGUAAGUUUAGCUCAGUCAGCUCAGUCUGGUCAGUAAGUUUAGCUCAGUCAGCUCAGUCUGAUCAGUAAGCUCAGUCUGGUCAGUAAACUCAGUCUGAUCAGUAAGUUAAGCUCAGUCUGGUCAGUAAGUUUAGCUCAGUCAGCUCAGUCUGGUCAGUAAACUCAGUCUGGUCAGUAAGCUCAGUCUGAUCAGUAAAUUUAGCUGUCAGCUCAGUCUGAUCAGUAAGUUAAGCUCAGUAAACUCAGUAAGCUCAGUCUGGUCAGUAAGCUCAGUCUGGUCAGUAAGCUCAGUCUGGUCAGCUCUCUGCAGGGAUGACUGGAGUGGAUCUGUCGUCUGAUGUGGAUACAGUGGUUGGGAACAUUGGAAAACUGCCAUCAGACGUAUUUGCAGAAACAUGUCAUGAGAUUCUGCUUCAUCUUCAAGGAAAGAACAGUGCAGUAGAUCUGGUGGAAAACUGCCAGAGAUUUCAGAGAGCUGGGAUAAACCUUGAUUGGAAGUCAGUUCAGGAUAUUAUAAGGCUGUUAUCAUUUAAUUUUAGAUCAGCUGCGAAGAGCAAGCUCACGGCUGAUCUCCUGAUCAGUAAAUUAGCUGAGGCGAGCUGUAAAUGGUCCAAACCAGCACUACAAGUGGUGCAUCAGCUGUGGAGUGAAAAUGGCUCUCUUGUACAAACAUACCAAGAGGCCCAAGCCAUGGCAACCAUUGGACAGCUGGUGGAUAUACAGUGGAAGCUGGGCAUGGCUGUGAGCUCUGAUACAUGUCGCUCCCUCAACUCCCCAUACAUCUCUAUCUUGAUGAAAAUUGCAGACACGUCUGGAGAAAUUUCCUACAAGUCCUUUGAGAUGACGGUGCUUCAGUUCCAGAACUUCUUCAGACAAUUCAAGGAAAUGGCGUCUGUUUUGGAGACUGUGUAAGCACUCAACUCCAGGUGGCCACUAUUUUUAUGGUUGCGUGUGGAAACUUUCAGUAUUGAUCAAUUGUUUACAUUCCAUCUGCUUCCUUAUUUAUUUGUGCUAUUUGACAGCCCUGUUGUGGGUUAUUUGGCUAAAGUAUGUUUGCACUUACAAUAAUCUACUUUGCUUUGCAUGCUUUUCUAGAGCAGUUUAUAAAGAGCAGUGAAUAAAGAUCUUUGCAUGAAACUACUGUUUGCCUAAAUUAUUUUCAGACAUAACAGCAGUUCUGCUGUCAACCCAAACAUAAUAAACAGUGCUUGAAUUUAUAAUAUAAUUAUGCUAUUGUAGCUGAUCUAAAACAUCAUCAUGUGAUUCCUACUUAAUAAUUUCCCUUGUUUUUCUCCAAAGGGAGCACUGUUCACAUGAAAGCUUUUGACAUAUUUCUAGAGACGGUUUAAACAGGAAUAGAUGCACAAAUGCAGUACAUCUUUUUGGUUGUUGGACUUUUUUGAAAGAGCAUUCUUUUCCAUCUCAAACAUCCCUGAUUAACACAUUCAGUACAGAUAUCGCAACAUAAAUACAAACAGUGCAACAUUGUGUUUAUAGUGAAUCACAUAGUCUGACUGGAUGCUGUUAUUGCUUUGUCAAAAGCCAAAUAUAUUAUCUGACAAAUCAUGCAUUUUCAUUGGAGCGUGCUGUGAGACUCUAUUAUACUAAUAUACUAGAUGUACUAAUUACUACUAAUUACCAUUCCUGCAGUUGCUACUAUGUAAUCAGUACAAAACACUGUGCAUCCAUAGAGUACAGUAGCAUGGAAUUUUCUUAUUUAAUCUUUGCAUUAAUCAUAACUUUGAAAAAUCAAGUGCUGGACUGAGGGAUCCACUGACCUCACAUUCUCUACUGAUACUAGACUUGAAUUCUGAAAAUCGGACGAUACUCGGUAGCAAUCUGAUACCAGUGUUUGUUUUUUCUUCUUCACUUUAAUAUGUAUUCAAUUAUAAAGUAUACCUUGUUGUAUGGAAUUGCCUGGGAUCAUGUGUAAUGUGAUUUAUUUGAUGUGUAAGGUGGUACUCUAGUACUUGUGUCCGGUCUUGGCCUUUUAUUAAAAUUUGUUGUGUAA